AUGCUGAGCUCCUCUGCCGCGACCCAGAAGGGCAUGACCCCCCCGAGCCAUUCCUCUCAGCAGAACCUCCCUCAACAGUUAUCUGGACGCACCAGUUUCGACCGCGAUGGUUCGGGCCUCCAGCCGCCGAAUGGCGCCAACGCACGCAACCUAUCAGCCUCGGCCGUAUCCUUUGCGCCUCGUGGGAGCAGCCUCAAUGUUGCCCCAGGAAGCUUCAGCUCGGAGCUGCGCAGUCGGGCAGGUAGUCGGACUGACGCCGCUUCAGUAUACCCAGGCAGUUUCAUGGACAAGGUGGAAGAGGAUGAUGGGGAUUCCAUGGUAGAGAAGAACCUGGCAGGCCUCAAGGAACGGCUCAACCGCGAGAUGAAGAUCAAGGAGGGUAGCGAGAACAUGCUCGAGGCGCUUAACUCUAAGAAGGCGAAGCAGACCAAAGAGCAACGACUGAAGGUUGAGGCAGAACUCAACGCCAGUAACUCGCGCAUCAGAGACCUACGCCAGAAGAUUUCGGACGCUCAGCAAACACGAAAGGCCCCGCCAACCACACCAACACGAAACCGAACCCAGAGCAAUGUUCUCGAAUCCGGCAGAACUAAUGAAGUGCGCUCACCGCAGAGUGUGUCGCGAUCCGUAAUAGGAUCUGACGUUGAAGAGUCGACGGAAAGCCCAACCUUUGCGCUGGCUGAACUCCUCCAGGCAUUGGAGGUCGAGGGCAUGAUGCCCGAGUACUACGUCUCACGGGGAAACCAGUUGGUCGACCUUUUCAAGCGAUAUCCAACUCUCAAGUAUGACUUGGUUUGGUCAGUCUUUGGGCUCCGUAUGCAGGUCAUGCUCCUGAGCGAAAGUCGAGAGGUUGUUGCUGCUGGUUACCGGAUGACCAGAUACGCCAUCUCGGAUGUGGCCUCUCUGAAGAGGAUUCGAAGCCUAAAUACCGAUUAUUUGGUGAUCAGAUCAUUGAACAAUUAUCGGAAGGCAGACGUCGAACGUGAGCAGGCCCUCAAGUUCGUCCGUGCCUUUCUCGACGUGAAGGGCGGAGUGAAAGAAGUGUCGAGGGCAGUCGUGCGCACCAUCGUUGCUGUCGCUGAGCAUGGGGAAGAUCGGCGCACAAACGCUCAAGCUGCAGAACAGGACGUUGAUCGUCUACGACCCAUCUGCAUUGAGACGCUGGCCGAGAUUCUAGUGAAAGAUCCAGCGCUGCUGGUAGCAUCUGGAGGCGUGGGCCCAUUGUCUGAGGCGCUCUCGGAGGGCAUCUACAAAGCCCCAGAGAGCUUGGCAUCUGCCUUUUUAUACCUCCUCGACUCACCACGGAGACGAAGAUUCUUACAACCCGGUUACGGACUGGAGGUGCUCUUCACCGUCUUCACCGAUCAACUCCUCACCAACGAGAGUGUCCUCAAGCAGAACUCCAAAGCCAUCGCCACGGCCUUGAAGUCAUGGCCAGGACUUCAAGCUCUCUGCAUGUACAACUUCCGUGCGGUUAGAUCCCUCAUCACAAGCAUGCUACUACCGAAUGACACGAUCCGCGAGACGGUACUCGAUCUUGUAUUCUCACUCCUGAGGAUCAAAUCACCUGGGUGGGCAACUUCAUUCCUGGCUGGAAGAAGAUUGACGACGUAUGGCAGAGUGGCCAAUCUGAAGUCACCAAAUGCCAAGGACAAGGGCAGCUCAUCAUUUGUUGAAGAAGAUAACGGCGAACAGAACUUUGUCGAGCACUACACGGCCCUGCUGCUGGCUGUCUUCAUCAAGGCUGAUCUCCUGCAUAUUCUUUUGAAGAUUGCCCGAGAGGAUGAAAACCCCACUCUUCAGCGCAAGACGACACUCCUGAUCGGCGAAGUGCUCAAGCUUUCGAGCCGCCUCUUGCCCCCUUCUUGGAGUGCGGAACUCCAUCUUCUUCCAGAGCUCUUUUCAUCGGCGGCCAAGUUCGACGACAAUAACCACUGGGUUGCUUCUGGUAUAGUCUACCAAAUUAGCAGCGUCAGUCGGACACUGUUUAGAAGCGCACCUUCAGGCGCCGUGUCUGGAGCCCUGCCCUCGAGCAAUAGCCUAGCUGAUUUGACAUCCCUGGACGACACACCAAAGGCCAAUCAGUCUCUUGUCUUUGACGACGCCACCUUCAGGCAACUUCUUAUUGACAGCAACGUGCUCAAUAGUUCCAAUUACACCAAGUGGAACUGGGAAACCAUCAUCAAAGUCAUUGACGGCCCGCUCCAGAGUGGCAAGCGUCUCGAGGAGGCCAUCAAGGCGUCCAAGUUUAUGAAGAGAAUCAUCAGCUUCUAUCGGCCAUUCAAGUACAGGUUUGCGGACGUCAAGAACACGCGAGGAACCCAGAAAUACGUCAGGGCAGGAUGUGCUCUGAUGCACUCCCUAUUACAAUCACCAGAGGGCAUCAAGUUUCUGGCGGACAGCAAACUGCUAAGGCAGAUUGCCGAGUGCCUGGCGCAAUGCGAUCCAACUAGUGGACUUACGGCUCAAUAUCCCAUGUUUUCAAGGGACAGAGUCUCUGACACUCUUUGUGCCGGCUACUUCGCGAUGCUGGGUGUCCUCACCGGCGACCCAAAGGGACUUCAAUUGCUGGACAGAUGGAGAAUGUUCAACAUGAUGUACCACAUCGUCGACCUGAAGCAGCGGCCGGACCUCAUCAAGCUGCUGCUGUCCAGUUUUGACUACAGCGUCCAGGGUCACCCACGCGUCCUGGUUUCCAAAGCUUUGACUGCCGGUACCAAGGACAUUCGAAUUCAUGCUACCAACGUACUUCGAAAAUAUGCGAUUCGUCCAGUGUCGCGACAGGGUGGAUUGAGCGAUUCAAAGUGGGCAAUUCAGCUCCUGGUCACUCAACUAUACGACCCCGAGAUUGAGGUAUGCGCAACAGCGGUCAAGAUCUUGGAGAAGGCGUGCAAUCGAAAGACGUAUUUAGAGUACAUCGUCGAAUGCAGGCCGGCCCUGGAUCACCUGGGAGAGAUUGGUGCGCCACUAUUACUGCGGUUCUUGUCCACAUCUAUCGGCUACCAUUACCUAGAUGGAUUGGACUAUAUCAGCAACGAGAUGGACGACUGGUUCUUGGGACGAAACGACACAUACGUCAAGGUCAUCGAGGCCAGUCUGGCCAAGGCUUUCUUGACCGAUCCGGACGAGCAGAACCAUCGCAUGAGUCUGUUUGAUGACGGCGAGAUGGAUGGUGAUUUCCACGAUAGCCACGUGCCGCCACACUUCUACCGCGAGUUGACCCGCACUCAGGAGGGUUGCAGGCUUCUCAGCGACAAGGGCCAUUUUGAAGAGUUUGCGGCGACAAUUCGUGAACACGGGAUGGACAAGGGCGAUGCAGAGAUGCUUACCAAGGUCAAGGGCUGCCUAUGGGCAGUCGGCAAUGUUGGAUCAAUGGAGCUCGGAGCUCCUUUUCUGGAAUCGAGCGACGUGGUCGAGCAGAUCAUCAAGAUCGCUGAGCAACACGAAGUGAUGAGCCUUCGUGGUACAGCAUUCUUUGUGCUAGGUCUGAUCUCUCGCUCUACUCAUGGCCUGGAGAUUCUAUCAGAGAAUGGCUGGGACGCCAACACGACGCCGAUGGGCAACUCGCUGGGAUUUUGUAUCCCCAACGAUCUAUCCAGACUGCUCUCAUUGGCGCCGUGGAAGCAAAAGACAGUGGCUUCAAUCACUCUGCCUAACAGUCAGUGUACUGCACAGGAGCCACCACCGCCACGCGCAGCUCGCCCACCCCUUGAGCCAGCAGAUCUCCCACCUCUGCUGAGCGAAGCGGAUGUGAACACGAGAGUCCUUGAGCUCAUUGUCGACCUAGGGAAUAUGGUUCUCUACAAGAAGGCGCUCACGGAUCUUCAGAAGCUGAGAGCACAUAAGCCAAGUGCGUUCCGAAGCACGCAGUUCUUUAAGGAAGUCAUGAGCGCGAUGGAAUGGAACCACUACCGGCUGGGUGUACGAAGGAUGGUUAUUGACCUCUUCGACAAGAAUGUGAUGCGGCAAAUCGUCUUUGACGAGGAGGAAGACGAUAGUGACAGCAGCAGCGAUGACAGUGAGAGCGAGGAGAGCAAUGAUGGUGAAGCCAGUUCUGGGGACGAUAGGACGGAGAGGCAGCGGAGCGUGAGUGAACCGCUUGGACCGCCGGCAGACUUGACGCCAGCACCGCUCAACCUCAGGCGCUAG